AGAUACUCAUAAGCUCGGUAGUAUCCGCAUCGCAUUGGCAAACAAACGAACGAGUCUCAGUGACUCAGAAAAACACAGAGACUGAGUGUCUUCUUCUUGUUCUGAGAGAGAGAGAGAGAGAGCAUAUUACAGCAAUGGCAGCUUCCCAAUUCUCUGCAACUCGCAGCGGAGCAGAGACAGCGUGGCAUUGCAAAUCGCAAUCCAAACUGAUCGAUUUCGGUUCCAGGAAGAACAAAUCCAAGCUUUUGUUCACAAGGACAUUGAAUCGGACUCGGCCGUUUUCGUUCUCGGUAAAGAGCGUUCUGGACAAGCCUCACGAGCUCAAGAAUCCGAUCAUCGAACAAGAUGCUGCAAGCGAAUUCAGCUCAUUCGUACCUGAUGCUGCCUCCAUCGCUUCGAGCAUCAAAUACCACGCAGAAUUCACCCCGUUGUUUUCUCCGGAGAAGUUUGAGCUUCCAAAGGCCUUCUUUGCAACUGCACAAAGUGUUCGUGAUGCGCUUAUUGUUAACUGGAAUGCAACAAAUAAUCAUUAUGAAAAAUUGAACGCAAAGCAGGCAUAUUAUUUGUCAAUGGAAUUUCUACAGGGUAGAGCGCUGUUAAAUGCCAUUGGUAAUUUAGAGCUUGAUGGUGCAUAUGCGGAAGCUUUAAGCAAGCUUGGACACAAAUUAGAAAAUGUUGCUAACCAGGAGCCAGAUGCUGCACUUGGAAACGGAGGUCUUGGUCGGCUUGCCUCUUGCUUCUUGGACUCUUUGGCAACGUUAAAUUAUCCAGCAUGGUAUGGGCUUCGGUACAAGUAUGGCUUAUUUAAACAGCUGAUUACUAAAGAUGGUCAAGAAGAAGUUGCUGAGGAUUGGCUUGAGAUGGGAAAUCCCUGGGAGAUUGUGAGAAAUGAUGUCUCCUAUCCUGUCAAAUUUUAUGGCAAGAUUGUUACUGGUUCGGAUGGAAAACAGCAUUGGAUUGGAGGAGAAGACAUAGAUGCUGUUGCUUAUGAUGUUCCAAUACCUGGAUACAAAACUAAAACCACAAUCAACUUGCGGCUUUGGUCAACGAAAGCUUCAUCACAGAACUUUGAUUUAUAUGCUUUUAAUUCUGGAGAGCACACGAAAGCAUCUGAAGCUUUAGCAAAUGCUGAAAAGAUUUGCUACGUACUUUAUCCUGGGGAUGAAUCAAUGGAGGGCAAGACACUUCGUUUGAAGCAACAAUAUACUUUAUGUUCUGCUUCUCUCCAAGAUAUUGUUGCACGUUUUGAGAGAAGAUCUGGAGCAAAUGUCAAAUGGGAAGAGUUCCCCGAGAAGGUGGCAGUGCAGAUGAAUGAUACUCAUCCAACUCUCUGCAUUCCUGAACUGAUGAGAAUUUUGAUUGAUUUGAAGGGUUUGGACUGGAAGGAGGCCUGGAGUAUUACUCAAAGGACGGUUGCAUAUACAAACCAUACUGUUCUACCUGAGGCCUUGGAGAAAUGGAGUCUGGAACUUAUGGAGAAGCUGCUUCCUCGACAUGUUCAGAUCAUACAGAUGAUAGAUGAGGAGCUCAUUCAGACCAUAAUUUCGGAAUAUGGCACAGCAGAUUAUGAUUUAUUAGAGAAGAAACUUAAGGAGAUGAGAAUAUUAGAAAAUGUUGACUUGCCUGCCAAAUUUUCAGAUUUAAUUGUUAAACCCGAAAAGAGUUCCACUGCUGUCCCGAGUGAAGAAAUUGAAAAGUCAGAAGAGGAAGAUGAAUCUGCUGAUGCCGAAAAGAGUUCCACUGCUGUCCAGAGUGAAGAAAUUGAAGAGUCAGAAGAGGAAGAUGAAUCUGCUGAUGCCGAAAAGAGUUCCACUGCUGUCCUGAGUGAAGAAAUUGAAGAGUCAGAAGAGGAAGGUGAAUCUGCUGAUGAAGAAAAAGUACCUGUGAAGAAACGCGAAGAGGAAAAAAAGAAAAAGGUUGUGGUGGAACCACCACCGAAGUUAGUACGUAUGGCGAAUCUCUGUGUUGUGGGUGGUCACGCAGUAAAUGGCGUUGCUGAAAUACACAGUGAAAUAGUGAAAGAUGAAGUAUUUAAUUCAUUUUAUAAGUUGUGGCCUGAUAAAUUUCAAAACAAAACAAAUGGGGUGACACCAAGAAGAUGGAUCCGCUUCUGUAAUCCAGAUUUAAGUAACAUUAUAACAAAGUGGAUUGGCACGGAAGACUGGGUCUUAAAUACUGAAAAACUGGCCGAAUUACGAAAGUUUGCAGACAAUCAGGAUCUCCAAACCCAAUGGAGGGAAGCAAAAAGGAACAACAAGUUGAAAGUUGUGUCCUUGAUCAAAGAAAGAACGGGUUAUUCUGUCAACCCUGAUGCAAUGUUUGAUAUACAGGUGAAGCGCAUUCAUGAAUACAAGCGACAACUGAUGAAUAUUAUGGGAAUUGUUUACCGCUACAAGAAAAUGAAAGAAAUGAGUGCUUCAGGAAGGAAAUCAAAGUUUGUUCCACGUGUUUGUAUGUUUGGAGGAAAAGCAUUUUCUACGUAUGUGCAAGCCAAGAGAAUUGUGAAAUUUAUCGCAGAUGUAGGGGCAACCAUUAAUCAUGAUCCUAGUAUCGGUGAUCUACUGAAGGUUGUCUUCGUCCCCGAUUACAAUGUCAGUGUUGCUGAACAGUUAAUUCCUGCAAGUGAGCUCUCACAGCACAUCAGUACCGCUGGUAUGGAAGCCAGUGGAACCAGCAACAUGAAGUUUGCAAUGAAUGGCUGCAUCCUCAUUGGGACUCUAGACGGUGCCAAUGUUGAGAUAAGAGAAGAGGUUGGGGAAGACAACUUUUUCCUCUUUGGUGCUAAAGCUCAUGAGAUUGCUGGGCUGAGAAAGGAACGAGCUGAGGGAAAGUUUGUUCCGGACCCACGUUUUGAAGAAGUCAAGGAAUUUGUCAAAAGCGGUGUUUUUGGGUCGUACAAUUAUGACGAACUGAUUGGAUCCCUGGAAGGAAAUGAAGGAUUUGGCCAGGCAGAUUAUUUCCUUGUGGGCAAGGACUUCCCCAGUUACAUAGAAUGUCAAGAGAAGGUCGAUGAAGCAUAUCGAGACCAAAAGAGAUGGACAAGAAUGUCGAUCCUGAACACAGCAGGCUCGUACAAGUUUAGCAGCGACAGGACCAUUCACGAAUAUGCUAAGGACAUAUGGAACAUCAACCCCGUCGAGCUGCAUUAGAAGUUUUCUUCUUGGAACCAAACAUGGUCUUACCACGUCGUUGUGAUGACCCCCAGGCUUUUAUUGUUCCCCUCCCUCUCUCUUUCUCAUGUGAAUAAAAUGCUCGGAAUAAAAGGGCAGCGUUUGGUUGCUACACUAGUACAGUAAGUGCUUGGAAAAAAGUGGUUAUUUGAAAUAAGCGCCACCAUCUCGUAUGUAUAGUGGAUAUUCCGAACAAAGGCAGCGAGGGACCAUCUAUAUGUAUCGUUUGGUUCAGUAAAAGUUUAGAGCUUGUUUGGUAUCUUA